CUUAGUGAGGUAAGAAACCUAGAUGUUGUUACUUGUACUCAACACAUGUUACAAGGGAACAGUACAUUGUCUACUGUAGGAGGUUUAGCAGUGGCUGUUCCAGGAGAACUGAAAGCUUAUUGGUUAGCACAUCAGAGAUAUGGGAAGCUCAACUGGUCAGACCUUGUAUUACCGUCUGUGAAGAUAAGUCGUGAUGGAUUCAAGAUUGGAAAGCACUUAGGGAGAAAUAUUAUGAGGUUCAAAGAUGCGAUCAUGUCAGAACCAUCUUUGAGGGAAGUAUUUUUUAACAAUGCAACUGGAGAUGUCUACAAAGAGGGAGAAAUGUUGAAGAGACCUGUGCUGGCAGCAACGCUACAGAAGAUAGCCGAGAACGGGGCUGAUGAGUUAUACAGUGGAGAGACUGGAAGAAACCUUGUCAAGGACAUCCAGGGAUUUGGAGGUAUCGUAACAAUGGAAGAUUUACGGAGUUAUGAAGCAAAAGUGAAAGAUGCCAUUCCCAUUCAGUUAAAAGAUGGAGAAACAUUAUAUUCAGUCCCACCACCAGGAUGUGGAACAUUGGUUGGGUUUAUUCUGAACAUCCUAGCUGGUUUCAACAUCACUAACAAGGACGUGGAUGACGUGAAGAGCAGUGUUCUCACAUAUCACCGGAUGGUGGAAGCAUUUAAAUACGCAUUUGCAAAAAGAACCUAUUUAGGGGACGAGGAUUUUGUUAACGUUACAAAGAGAACAUACAUUCAUUUGAUAGUACAAAAACAGGUUCGACAGAAGAUUUCCGACGUCGAAACAUUUCCUCCAGAAAACUACGGUGGGUUUUUUUAUGGUGUAGAAGAUCAUGGAACUGCUCAAGUAACUGUCGUGGAUGCCGAGGGAAAUGCCGUGUCUGCCUCCAGCACUAUCAAUACACAAUUUGGAUGUAAAAGAAGAUCUUCGUCAACAGGAAUUAUUCUAAAUAAUGAAAUGGACGAUUUCUCAUCACCAAACGUGACCAAUUUCUUUGGAAUUCUUCCAUCUCCAGCAAAUUUUAUCAAACCAGGAAAACGCCCCUUGUCAUCUAUGAGUCCGUCAGUUGUCUUAGAUAAAGCUGGUCAACUUAAAACUGUUAUUGGGGGCGCUGGUGGUUCUCGCAUAAUCACAGCAGUUUCUCAGGUCUUGCUUAGAUCAAUGUGGCUGAACAACAGUAUUAAAGAGGCUAUUGAUGCUUUGAGAAUACACCACCAACUUUAUCCCGAUACUGUGUUCCACGAGAAACAUUUCCCUCAAAUUUAUUUAGAUGGCUUGACUAGACUUGGGCAUAAUACUGCUUUGGACUCGGAACAUACUCAGGUUCAAGGGAUCGUUAAAGAAUCGAACGGUAAACUCUCUGCCAACAUUGAUUACAGAAAAGAUGCAUCGAUGAUAGGAUUUUAACGUUCGUUUAUCACUGAUACGCAUAUUUUGAAAUUUUAUUAUGUUUGUGAACUAUUUCAUGUCAAUAUAAUAAAUACAGACACA